AUGACGGAGCUUUGGACGACGGUGGCGUCUCUAAUGGGCGUUUGGGCUUUCUCCCAAACACUCUUACUUGCCGUGUUCCCGCCGGAGCUCCGCUUCGCCUUAAUAAAACUCUUUCAACGUUUAUUCAACUGCUGCUCUUCCUACUGCUACUACGAUAUCACAGAGAUCGAAGGUGUCAACACCAAUGAGCUCUACAACGCCGUCCAGCUCUACCUCUCCUCCUCCGCCUCAUCCUCAUGUUCAGCCACCUCCUCCAACCGUCUCUCCCUCACCCGCGGCCUCAACUCCUCCGCAAUUACCUUCGGUCUCUCUCACAACGACCGCCUCACCGACGUUUUCAAUGGGGUCUCCGUCGUCUGGGAACACAUCGUAACCCCACGACAGUCCCAGACGUUUUCAUGGCGGCCGUUGCCGGAGGAGAAACGUGGGUUCACUCUCCGGAUUAACAAAAGGGAUAAAUCUUACAUCCUAGAAUCCUACCUCAACUUCAUCAACGAAAAAGCGAACGAAAUUCGAAGAAAAAAUCAAGACAGGUUGCUGUACACAAAUUCUCGCGGUGGAUCGCUCGAUUCCCGGGGACAACCAUGGGAAUCGGUGCCUUUCAAGCAUCCUAGCACAUUCGAGACGCUGGCAAUGGAUCCGGUGAAAAAAGCGGAAAUCAUGUCCGAUCUCCGCGACUUCGCCGACGGCCAGGCGUUUUACACCCGCACCGGUCGCGCUUGGAAACGCGGUUACCUCUUGUAUGGUCCACCCGGCACCGGAAAAUCCAGCAUGAUCGCUGCAAUGGCAAAUUUUCUUAGGUACGACAUUUACGAUCUUGAACUAACUGAAGUGCAGACGAAUUUGGAGCUCCGGAAGUUGCUUAUGAAGACAAGUUCUAAAUCAAUCAUCGUAAUCGAAGACAUUGACUGUUCCAUAAACCUCACAAACCGCAAAGAAACCACCACCACCACCGGCGGCGGCGAUAGGAACUCUUCUACUUUCGUCGACGGCGAUAUCGAAACCAGUGGGACCAACAACUCCAUAACAUUAUCCGGUUUAUUGAAUUUUACAGACGGGUUAUGGUCGUGCUGCGGAUCGGAGAGAAUAUUUGUGUUCACGACAAACCAUAUUGAAAAACUUGACCCGGCAUUGUUACGAAGCGGGCGAAUGGAUAUGCACGUCUUCAUGAGCCACUGUUCUUUCCCGUCGUUAAAAAUUCUACUAAAGAACUACCUAGGGUGUACGCCGGACGACGUGGAGACGUCGGUUUUACAGAGGUUGGAGGAGGUCACCGACGCUGCGGAGAUGACUCCGGCGGAUAUCAGCGAGGUCUUGAUAAAAAACCGGCGAGACAACAAGAAGGCAUUGAGGGAGUUACUGGAGGCGUUGAGGGUAAGAGCUGAGAAAAAUAGAAGUGGGUUGCAGCGGUUGGGGGCGGACGUGGAGGAGAUGGCGGAGGAGGAGGAGAAGAGAGCGUUGGAGAGUCCAAAAGAAGGUGGCGACGCGGCGGCUGGUGGUGGUUGUGUGGAGGAGGAAGGCGGAAAGGAAUUAGAGGAUAAUAUCAUAAUGGGGUUAAUUUAA